AACCCAGUUAGGGUUUAUCACUCCAUAAAAAGCCAAGCUCUUCAUUCAUUCCUGCUCUCACUGCAACCCUAACAGCCGUAAGCGUUUCUCUGUUUCUGAACUCCAAAAUGGCGAGAGGGUUGAAGAAGCAUUUGAAGAGGCUCAAUGCGCCGAAGCAUUGGAUGCUUGACAAACUGGGUGGUGCUUUUGCUCCUAAACCCUCAUCUGGACCACAUAAGUCGAGGGAGUGUCUCCCACUCAUCCUGAUCUUGCGAAACAGGCUGAAGUAUGCUCUGACUUACCGUGAGGUUAUCGCUAUUCUGAUGCAGCGUCAUAUCCUUGUUGAUGGCAAAGUCAGGACUGACAAGACUUACCCCUCUGGUUUCAUGGAUGUUGUCUCAAUCCCAAAAACCAAUGAGAACUUCCGCCUGCUUUAUGACACUAAGGGCCGAUUCCGUCUCCACUCAGUCAGGGAUGAUGAGGCUAAGUUUAAGCUAUGCAAGGUGAGGUCUGUGCAGUUUGGACAAAAGGGUAUCCCAUACCUGAACACCUAUGAUGGCCGCACCAUCCGCUACCCGGACCCAGUCAUCAGGGCAAAUGACACCAUCAAGCUGGAUCUUCAGGAGAACAAGAUUGUUGAUUUCAUCAAGUUUGACGUUGGGAAUGUUGUCAUGGUCACUGGUGGAAGGAACAGAGGCAGAGUUGGAGUGAUCAAGAGCAGGGACAGGCAGAAGGGAAGCUUUGACACAAUCCAUGUUCAGGAUGCAACCGGUCAUGAGUUUGCUACCCGUCUGGGCAAUGUGUUCACCAUUGGCAAGGGGAGCAAACCAUGGAUAUCUCUUCCCAAGGGUAAGGGUAUUAAGCUAUCAAUCAUUGAGGAAGCUAGGAAGAGGAUUGCUGCCCAACAAGCAACUGCUGCUUGAAUCUUUGUUUAAUGGGGUAUUCAAUAGACUUGAGUGCUUGGUAGUUAUAUUCAGUUUUUUGGAUUGUCCUUUGUUUUGUCUCAAGAUUUUCUGUUAAAUUUUGACUUUUGAACCAUACAACUUUUAUUCUCAUGCCAUGAAGGAAUCUUUCCAUUAUCUAGUUUA